GUUACCCAAUGCCGGGAAUUCACACAUUUUACGAUGGUUCCAAGAUACUGGAACCGCUGGCUGAAACAAUUGGCAUUGAGGCAGACAGAGUCAACUUUGUGUUGAGUUUGUUUGCAUGUUUUGGAAUAUCAUAUGUUUAUCGAAAAACAUGUUCCCUAAAGCAGGUGAAUCGACAAGUGAGGACAGUAGUUCCUGCAGUUGUUGGAAUUGGAAUUGUGUUUUUCUGUUUUGGAAGGGCUAUCAAACAUCUACUUGCAAAUGCACUGGGAAGUUAUGCGAUCAUGUAUUUUGCCCCACCAACCCAAGUUCACAAGAUUGUUCUUCUCUUCUCCAUGGGAUAUUUGUUCUUCAUUCACUGCUAUCGAUGGGCUAUUCUCGAAUCAUACAGUCUAGAUGUCACUGGACCUAUUAUGGUUGCUGUUGAGAAGGCCACCAUGAUGGCGUUCAACUUGAAAGAUGGAAAAGCAAAGGAUCAGUCAAAACUUACGGAGGAGCAGAAAAGAGAAUCAUUGAAGGAAAUCCCGUCACUUCUCGAAUUCAUGUCAUUUAUGUUCAAUUUCCAGACAGUACUCACUGGGCCUGCUAACAACUACUAUGACUACAUCAAAUUUUUGGAUGAGAAGCACCUUGUCGCAGAUAAACACGGAAAACUUCCAUCUCCAACAGGCGCCGCUAUGAAGAAAUUCUAUCAGUCUCUGUUUUUCCUGGCGAUUGUCGUUACUCUUGGUGGCAAGUAUAAGGUUGAAGAUGUUGGAACACAACCGUACUUUGCUCUUCCAUUCUUCCAGUGGUUCUUCUGGUGGUUUAUCACAAUCUUUUUCAUCCGUUGUGCAUAUUACUUUGCAUGGGUGUUUGCUGAUGCUAUUUGCAAUAUGUCCGGUUUUGGAUUCAGUGGUUAUGAUAAGGAAGGAAAUGCUGAAUGGAAGCUCUGCACCAAUGUACUUCCAUAUCAAGUCGAGAUGGCUCAAAGCUUGAAGGAAACACUUGACGGGUGGAACAUUCAAACUGGUUUCUGGCUCCGAAAAGUUGGAUACGAACGUGCUCCCAAAUCAAUUCGUACCGUUGCAACCUACACCUUAUCUGCUGUUUGGCACGGAGUUUCGAUCGGUUACUACAUGGCCUUCUUCACAUGCGGGCUCUUUACGGUGGCUGCUCAAACCUUCCGUCGCUCAAUGCGCUGGAGAUUCCUGGACGAUCACAAUAAGAAGUUUGCCUACGAUAUUUUCUCGUUCAUCAUCAGUAAAAUCGCUCUUGCCUACGCCACCUACUCCUUUGUCACUAUGCACAUGUAUCCAGCUUACGACGUUUUGAAGAGAGUCUAUUUUAUUCCACACAUUGUCGCAUUUGCCGUCAUCUUUGCCUUGCCAAAGUUCUUCAAGCCACUCAAAAAGCCACAGCCAACUACUGUCGAGAUUGAGGUCACUCACGAGAAGCCGAUCAAGGCUGAAUAAAUCAUAAUUUGUGUGUUAUUUGUGAUGCUGGGUUUCAGGGUUCUAGCAACUGCUUUUUUGUUGACCGGUACCUUUUAUUGGCUAAAGUUAUUAAUUUUAUUGUUUUCUUCAUCUUAAGUAUGUUUUAGUGUUAGUACACAACAUGCACUUUCUGAUGAUUUUUUGUACAUUACAUUCGUUUUGACUUGUUUCCAAUAUUUGCAUUUGCAAUGAAAAAAAUGUUAUGACU